UCUCGGUUCUGCAACUCUCCCAGUCUGUUUCUCUUUACUUUCUUCUUCAGUCUCUAAUUGUCGGUGGACGUUCCCUUAUUCUUUUCUGUUCACUUCAAUCAAUCAACUUCUCCUGCUGGUCUCGUGGGUGAGUGUAAAAGGUGAAACGGCAAAGCUCACAUGCCGUUUGAUUGACAGAGCCACGUAGUUUUCGAAGCGGGCUGAAGGUGAUGUUUGGUUCCUGGAUGAAGCACGGACACGGAUACACAAACUAGCUCUCCGAGCUUAAUGAACCUCUCGCCUGCACGCAAGACAUUUACCCUCCUAACCUCACGCUAUUACACUUGUGCUGUGCUCCACCAGCCUUUGAACCUCCACCAUUUUCUUCAGCUUUCAGUUACCCACCACUCUCUUUCACUCACUCAACAAGCUCACGCUCAAGUUCUCACUCAUGGCCUCCAACAAAACCCUUUUCUCGCCACAAAGCUCAUCUCUGCUUAUGCUCUUUGUGGAAACCCAACCAAGUCGAAUCUCGUCUUCCACUCUGUUGAGCUCAAGAGUAUGUAUUUAUGGAACUCAUUGAUUAAUGGGUAUGUGAGAAAUUGUGUUUAUAAUAAAGCUUUUGAGCUGUUCGACGAAAUGUGUAACUGUAAUGUAUUGCCGGAUGAUUAUACCUUAGCGACCAUGGCCAAAGUUUCCGGGGAGGUUCAGGACUUGGUUGCCGGGAAAUCUGUUCAUGGGAAGAGUAUAAGAGUGGGGUUUGUUUUGGAUACUGUUGUUGCCAAUUCUCUGAUGUCUAUGUAUUAUAAAUGUGGGAAUUUUGGUGAAUGUAGGAAAGUAUUCGAGGAAAUGCCUCAGAGAAACGUGGGGUCUUGGAAUGCGAUAAUAGCAGGAUAUGCAAGUUCCGUAGAUCAUGGUUUUGAUAAGGAAAUUUGGGAAAUUGCUAAAUGCAUGCUGAUGAAUGGGGUGAAACCUGACGGGUUUAGUGUUUCAAGUCUUUUGAGUUUGUGUGGAGGCGAUGAUAUUGAGAAAUGGGAUUAUGGUAGGGAACUUCACUGUUAUAUUGUGAAGUAUGAAUCGGAUUUGAAGUGGGGUUCAGAUGUUCAUCUCGGGUGUUGUUUGAUUGAUAUGUAUUCUAGGAGUUACAGAGUUGAUUUGGGUAGACGGGUAUUUGACCGCAUGAAGUGUAGAAAUGUAUAUGCUUGGACGGCCAUGAUCAAUGGUUAUGUGCAGAGUGGAGCUCCCGACGAAGCAUUGGUUCUUUUGCAAAAGAUGCAGGUCGAAGAUGGAAUACAACCCAAUAGAGUAUCCCUAGUAAGUGUCCUCCCUGCUUGUAGUUCACAUGCUGGUUUAAUGUGUGGGAAACAAAUUCAUGGGUUUGCUAUGAGGAAGGAAAUGAAUCAUGAUGUAUCGUUAUGUAAUGCUUUGAUCGAUAUGUACUCGAAAUGUGGGAGCCUGGAUAUUGCAAGGCGAGUCUUUGAGGAUGAUUCUUUUUGUAAGGAUGCAAUCUCUUGGAGUUCAAUGAUUUCAGGAUAUGGUUUACAUGGAAUAGGUGAGGAAGCCAUUGUUUUAUAUAGUAAGAUGCUUCACCUUGGAAUCAAACCAGACACAAUAACUAUAGUUGGGAUCCUUUCCGCUUGUGGCAGGUCAGGACUGGUAAACAAAGGCCUUUCCAUCUAUAGCUCUUUAUCAACUGAUUUUGGAAUUAAACCAACAGUGGAGAUCUGUGCUUGUGUGGUGGAUCUGUUAGGCCGAUCAGGAGACCUCGAUGGAGCAUUAAAUUUCAUCAAAACAAUGCCUGUAGAACCUGGUCCAAGUGUUUGGGGGUCUUUAGUUACUGCUUCUUUGUUGCAUGGGAAUCUUGACAUGCAAGAUCUAGCUUACAGGUUCCUUAUUCAACUAGAACCCAAAAACCCGUCAAAUUAUAUUUCGCUAUCGAACUUCUAUGCUUCUUCUAGGAGGUGGGACGUUGUAGCUGAAAUGAGAAGAAUGAUGAAGGAAAGAGGAUUGAAGAAGGCACCUGGGUGCAGCUGGAUAAGCAUUAAUUCAAAGACUCAUUGUUUCUAUGUUGCUGAUAAAGCACAUCCUUGUUCUAAUUCGAUCUAUCAGAUGCUUGACUAUCUUAUCUUAGUGAUGAAGGGAGCCAGCUAUUCUGAUGAUUUUGAACAUCCAGCAUAGAUUCUUUUUAUAUUGGGUUGAUACUUUGCAGACCCUACUACAGUUAGGGACAGGAUUCGUAUUGCAAGUACCAUUUAGUGAUCUAAUGAUUGUUGUUAGUUGCUUACACAACUUUGUAAUUUUUUUUUCUUGUUCUUUACUAGAUUCAGGUCUUCCUAAUGUAAGUCAUCUAAGAGCCUCAUCCGGCAUAUAUGCAACGGGUGUAUACUACGUUUAUCUCACAAUAGUUGGUUAUGUGACCUGCUUGUGAGGGGUGAUUUGUGACAAGCGUGUAUACACCCAUUGUAUUGGAUGUAGGAUUUUUCCAUCCCUAAAUAAUGGUUUGGCAAUCCUAAUAACAACUGCAAAAA